ACAAAGUAUUUAAAUGUUUGGGAAAGAGAGGUCUUAAUUUCCAUAAAGUACGGUAAGUUGGUUGUCUUCUUGGCACGUUUCAUAGUUACUAGAAAGAGGAACAAACUGGUGAGAAAUUUCUAUGCAUACCAUUCUUGGGAUUUGUGAGUACAGAUCAUAUCAGAAGGUUUCAACUGAUUACAUAGGUGAGGGGCGUGGGCUAUUAUGGUUCUGAAAUGAAAGGGAAAAUUGAUGGGGAAACACAAAGGAAGAAGAAAAGGCAAACCCUGAAAUUGAAGUAGAUUUAGAUUCAGAACGUCUCAUGCAACAAGAAGAUAAAGAAGCGCAUGGAUGAAUUACCCGGUUCUGUCGGUACCACUGCCAGCUUUAGUCUCAGGUUGGGUCAGACUAUGUUCUCUUCUGCUUCUCUUCUCUUCAUGUCUUUUGGAGUCGAAUUCUACGGCUACACAGCUUUCUGCUACUUGGUAACUAUUAUGGGUUUGGUCAUACCUUGGAGUUUCACAUUAGCAUUGGUAGAUGGAUACUCUGUUCUCCUCAAAUGUCCCAUUCAUCAGCCGGUAAUACUGCUGAUCAUUGUUGUGGGAGAUUGGGUGUUAUCUGUUCUGACACUUGCAGCAGCAUGCUCAACAGCGAGUGUUGUAGAUCUGCUGAUGCAGUCCCAUGGUUCUUAUUGCCCGUCCAAGUUUUGCAGCAGAUACCAGAUAUCCGCAGUUAUGGCGUUUCUGUCAUGGCUUCUGUUAUUAGCAUCCUCCCUGUUCAACCUUUGGCUAUUACCCUCCUUGUGAUUCUCUUUUCGUUUAUGAUUUUUCUCCUUUCUGUGAAAAUUUGUUCUUUUGUACAUUAUAGAUUAUAGAAUUAGAAAUUGCAGGGGCCAGCGUAUGUGAAGAUCGUUGUAAUCUCAGAACUUUCAUGUGAGAGAGAAUCAAAGAAUAGACAGAGAAGCUCUCAUCGUCAAGAGCUGAAUUGUAUACGGGAGUGGAAUGGUGUCACCUUAAAACCAAGUUUCAAUAAAAGUUGUAAACCUCUUGAAC